UAUCAUUGAUCUAAGCAUAGAAUCAGAUAUUAUUUCUUCAAUAUUUUAUAUUAAAAGGGACAAGGAAGAAAAUCACAGAAACCAUCAUACAGAGAGUAUGUCUAAUAUUCCCAGUAAUAUAUUAUCGAACACUGGUGCAACAAGUUCAUGGGCUGUUACUAGUCUCUUAGAUGGAGAUAGAACUAUACGAAGAUCAACAAGCGCAGAGAACAUAUUUCAAUUUAGGCCAUUUGUUAUGCAGUGUCCCCAAGUCAGUACAGAAAAUGAUUAUCAAAAUAACACAAUGGAGUCUCAAUAUAUGAAUUGUUAUCCAUUGUAUUAUUAUGGAAACGCAGUAUAUUCAUCAGCAUAUCCUUUUAUAUAUGGUACCCUUUCUUCCACUAUGUUUCAACAAAUGCAGGGUAUUAAUAAUUUACAUAUUUCAAGAAAUUACAUGACAAGAAGUAGGAGUGAUGAUAGUAUAUUCAGAAAGUCACAACCCAAUGAACGAGAUUUAAAAAUUUUAUCAAAGAGAUACUGGGAACAAGUGAAUAAAUAUGAUGAAAAGCCAGGAUUUCAGUUUAAACUUAUGUCGUAUAAUGUGUUGGCUCAGGAUUUGAUCGAACAACAUCUAUAUUUGUAUAAAUAUCAUAACCAGAAAACAUUAGAAUGGAAAAUUCGAUGGAGGAAUCUGUAUGAAGAAAUAAGUAAAAUUUUACCAGAUAUUAUGUGUUUGCAAGAAGUACAAGAGUCCCAUUUAACAGACUAUUAUAAUAAGUUUGAGUUUUUAGGAUACAAAGGGUUGUAUAAAAAACGGACAGGUAUGACCACGGACGGCUGUGCCAUUUUUUAUCAAGCUGACAAAGUCAACCUGGUUGAGUAUGAGACAGUCGAAUUCUUCCAGCCCUAUGUUGGUGUGCUGAACAGGGAUAAUGUAGCGAUCAUAGCGAAAUUUAGUCCAAAAAAUCAGCCGGAAAACGAAUUUAUAGUUGCUACCACGCAUUUGUUGUAUAAUCCUAAAAGAACUGAUGUGAGAUUGGCUCAAACUCAGCUGUUGGUGGCCGAAAUUGAGAGGUUAAGUUUCUCAAGAUCACAGAAAAGUGAUCAAUAUCUGCCAAUAAUAAUAACUGGUGAUUUUAAUACUAAACCAGAUUCUGCUGUGUACGAAUAUAUUACUAGGGGUGUUCUGACCUAUAAACACUUAGGGGAGAGAUGUUUGGACCAUUCUAAUACCACAAGACACGGAAAAGUUUUAGUACCUAAAGAAUUGGAAAUUACAGACAACAGUCAACAUGCGAUUCUUGUAAAGAAACGCGAUGACAAGGAAACCAUCUCCAGAACGGAAGAAUCCGCUCUCAUCAAGCUGCACAAUUCUGAAAAAACCGUUCAAAAAACCACUGAGGAAGUUGUGAAGAAUUCGGAACUCUUCUGUUCAGGCACCAUAUCUCAUUUAUUUGCCUUAAGAUCGGUAUAUGAUCAUGGCCAUCACGAAAACUCUGAAGGAUCAACUUAUCACGACGAAUGGAUAUCGGUGGAUUAUAUUUUUUACAGUGGUAAACGUGAAGGUAGAGAAAUCAAAGACCAUAGAUUAGAACUGCUAUCUAGAUACCGAUUACCUCGUAAGAGUGAACUUGGAUCCAUGAAAAUACCCAACAAAAUUUUGGGUUCUGAUCAUUUAUGUCUGGUUGCCAAUUUUAAACUCAACUUUUGAGACUCGAAAAAAGUAGUCCAAUUAUAAUAGACAACAAAUUUUAGAAAAAAUACCGAAUUUCUGAUUAUUAUAUAGGAAACAACUAUUUUUGAUGUUUUAAGGAACUUUAUUUUUCAAUACAGUUUUAAGAACAGAGGAAAAUAAUCAGAUUUUUGAAAAUAUUUCUGAACUGGGCCUUAUAUUAUCACUGGACUAAAUAUAUUACCGUUUAAGAAAAUACUGUGUACAAUGUAUUAAAAUGUCUUUAAAUGUACUAAAUCGUCAAUAAAAGAUUAUUUAAUUAUAA